AUGAAGACUUCGCUAUUAAUUUUGACCACGUUAUUGGCCGCUGCCUGUGGAAAUGAUAGUUUCGACGACAAUGGUUUCAUUGGCGGUGGAAUCGGUGGCUUCAGCGAUGGCAUCGAUCAUUUCGGCAUGAACGAUGACUUUGGUAAUGGCUUCAUUGGGGGCGGCAUUGGUGGUAUCGGUGCAGGAUUCGGCCACGGGGGCGUAGGGGGCGGCAUUGGCGGUACCGGUGCAGGAUUCGGCCACGGGGGCGUAGGGGGCGGCUUUGGCGGGGGCAGAAUGAUCGGUGGCGGCGUUGCUGGAUUUGGUGGGUUCCGAGACAAUGGCUUUGAUGAUUUCGGAGGUAUCGGGAGUGGCCAUGGAGUUGGUGCAAUCGGAGGCAGUUUCGAUGAUAAUGGAGGCUUAAUUGGAUCAGGUGGUUUCGGAGGCUUUGGUGGUGGCCGCGGAGCUGGUUUAAUUGGUGGAGGACAAGUCGGACCCUAUUACGAUGGUUACGACCGCGGCGAUGGCAUGAUUGGAGGAUUCAAUACCGGAAGUAGCGGAGUAAUUGGCAGUGGAGUGCGCGGAUUCGGAGUUGGAGGCAUAAACAGGGGAUUUGAUGGUAACAGCAAAGGUUACAGCAAGGGUUACAGCAAGGGUUACAGCAAGGGCUACAGGCCUGUAAUCAGACAGCGAGUUCUUCCCCGAGUUCAGCCACGUAUCCAGUAUCAACCACGAAUUAUGCCAACAUUCAACAGAGGAAUCGCUGGGAUGCCAAGAAUGCGAUACUCAAAGGGAUUUCCAUACCAGUCCAGAUCCCUUGGGUUCGGUGGUAUCCGUCGUCCCAUGAAGGGAAUUGGAGGAAUUGGGAUGGGAAGUUUGGGGGUCCCAGCGUAUCCCCAAAGGACCAUGACAAGGGGCAGUCUUGGUUUCGGUGCCAAUAGACCUAGUUACAAGGGCUACAGCAAGGGGUACUCCAAGGGAUAUUCCAAGGGGCGAAGCUAUUAG